GUUGGCUCUUCUUUCAAACUCCCGUGGUCUAAAAGGGCCACACUGACACCCCGGGCGGGGGAGUUUUGUGUGGAACCGCUGGGCAAAGACUUCUUGGCCCUGACUCCUGCUUGCCUCGGUCAGAUUACUUUUCACAGACGAGCUGGAUGGGAGGUGGAGGUAUUUACUUUUAAAUCUUUUAUGUGUGUUCACUUCACCCUGUGUGGUUGGGCGUGGAGAGCGGGAGAGGGGGGUUUCCAAAGCGAGUGAAAUUCCCAUUCCGUGGGUAUUGCCAUGCCUGUGGGGUGGCAGCUCUUUUAACAAGUCUGCAAAUAACUAUAGAACACAAUAGAGUCCUCCUCCCUUCCUCUCGCUCUCUCUCUCUCUCUUUUUUUUUUUUUUCUUUUCCUUUUCCUGCCUCCAAACGCCUUCUUCGAGGCUGAAGCUGGGCAGGUCUCCAAAGGUGCAGCAGCCACAGCAAUCCCGCAGUUCAAAGUUAAGCAACAGUUGCACAACUUCCAGCAGCUCCCUUCAGGCGGCUACCAAUGAGCUGAAAGCCAGGAGCAUCUGAGGAGGUGAAGAGGAAGCUUCCAGGUCUCUUCCCUUCACCCUAGAAAUCCAGAUAUCCCCCCAUCCCCACCCCCAUCCCCAGAGAACUUUGAGAUACUGUCUUUGCUGUUCGCUGGCCUGGCGGACCAUGGCUCCCUUUGGAAGAAACUUGCUAAAGACUCGGCAUAAAAACAGAUCUCCAACUAAAGACAUGGAUUCAGAAGAGAAGGAAAUUGUGGUUUGGGUUUGCCAAGAAGAGAAGAUUGUCUGUGGGCUAACCAAACGCACCACCUCCGCUGACAUCAUCCAGGCUUUGCUUGAGGAACACGAGACUACAUUUGGAGAGAAACGAUUUCUUCUGGGGAAGCCCAGUGAUUACUGCAUCAUAGAAAAGUGGAGAGGCUCUGAACGGGUUCUUCCCCCACUAACAAGAAUCCUGAAGCUUUGGAAAGCAUGGGGAGAUGAGCAGCCUAAUAUGCAGUUUGUUUUGGUUAAAGCAGAUGCUUUUCUUCCAGUUCCCUUGUGGCGGACAGCUGAAGCCAAAUUAAUGCAAAACACAGAAAAACUGUGGGAGCUCAGCCCAGCAAAUUACAUGAAGACGUUACCACCAGAUAAGCAAAAGAGAAUAGUCAGAAAAACUUUCCGGAAACUGGCUAAAAUUAAGCAGGACACAGUUUCCCAAGAGCAAGAUAGUAUGGAGACAUUAGUUCAUCUGAUUAUUUCCCAGGAUCAUACUAUUCAUCAACAAGUCAAGAGAAUGAAAGAGCUGGAUCUGGAAAUUGAAAGGUGUGAAGCUAAAUUCCACCUCAACCGGGUAGAAAAUGAUGGAGAAAAUUAUGUCCAGGAUGCAUAUUUGAUGCCCAGUUUCAGUGAAGUUGAGCAAAACCUAGGCUUGGAGUAUGAUGAAAACCAGAUUCUGGAGGACCUGAGAGAAAGUGAUGGAAUUGUACAGCUGGAGGAACGACUAACAUAUUAUAGAAAGCUCAUUGAUAAGCUCUCUGCCGAAAUAGAAAAAGAGGUAAAAAGUAUUUGCACAGAGAUAAAUGAAGAUGCUGUGGAAGGGGCAGCUGCAAGUGAACUUGAAGGCUCUAAUUUAGAAAGUGUUAAGUGUGAUUUGGAGAAAAGCAUGAAAGCUGGUUUGAAAAUCCACUCUUACUUGAGUGGCAUCCAGAAAGAGAUUAAAUACAGUGACUCAUUGCUUCAGAUGAAAGCUAAAGAAUAUGAGCUCCUGGCCAAGGAGUUCAGUUCCCUUCAUGCUAGCAACAAAGAUGAAUGCCAGCUAAAGGAAAACAGAGGAAAGGAAUCUGAGGUCCCUACCAGCAGUGGGGAGGUUCCUCCUUUUACUCAAAGAGUAUUUAACAUGUAUUCAAAUGACACAGACUCGGACACUGGUAUCAGCUCUAACCACAGUCAGGACUCGGAAACAACUGUAGGAGACACGGUGCUGUUGCCAACAUAAUUUGAAUGGCUUCUUUCUGACCUACUUUAAUGUUGUUCGUGUUUGUUUAAUUUAGUAGGAAACUUUAAAUAUUCCAUUCUGCAAAAAAAUGUAAAUCAUGUUAAAGUGUUCAGUAGUUAAUAAAAACUAG